AGUGAAAUUUCCAAAAACAUGAAAACCAUCGCGAUUAUUUUACUGGCCUUGUGCAGCUGCUUGCUGUUGCACACCACCGUAGCUCUUCCUGUCGACGAUUCGGUUGAGGUUGAGGUCGGCGAUGUUAUUGUCAUUGACUCAGUUCCCGCCGAAAAGCCAGAAGAGAAACCAGAACAGAGCAAGGAGAGCAGCCAGAAUAUUGUUAUCGAUGCAUCCAUUCAAUCCACCGCUCACAUUGAAGUUCCCGAGUCAGUUGCAGAGGAGUUGAUUAAGGCUAUGGUUGAAGCUUUCCAGAAGAUGCAGGUGUCUGGAGAUGUUAGCGUUCAAAGUCACGUUUCCAUGCCUGAAGAGAAACCGGCACAAGAAAUGGGAGAACAGCAUAGCCGCAGCAAGCGCGCUACUUGCGAUUUAAUGGAUGCUUCUGGUUGGUCCAAAACUUUAUGCGCUGCCCAUUGCAUUAUGUUGGGACACCGCGGAGGCUAUUGUAACGGAAGAUCUAUCUGCGUAUGCCGUGAUUAAAUCGGAGUCGUAGGAAGCCGGAAGUGUUGAAAAACAUUGGUAGAAAUCUUCAGCUGUGCUUUAAUGGAUUUGUAUGUACUCGUAUGUAUGCAAAUACAAUCUGGUUUAUAUAAAUAAAAAAUGCUUGAUACAAAUCCAAAA